AUGGCCCUGAGCAGACAACCGUUUGUUCUGUUGUUCUUACAUUCUGUCAGACUUUUGGUCCUGAGGGGCUCGUGCAUACCCAGUGCCGCGUGCUACUCCACGAGAUUCCACACCCCUGGGUAUUUAUGCCAUCGUUUCCGGUCGGCGACUCCACCACAGUUGCACAAUAUGGAUAAACGUCAAGAUAAUAUUGAGGUAACGCCAGUUCCAAGUGCUCAGCCCAAGGAGGAUGCCAAGCAACAGCGUUUGAGAGCACGGGAGGAGCAAGAGCAACAAAAGCGAAUGCUGCUAGAAACAAUCGUUUCUGAUAUGGAUUCCAAAUCUUUCGGAUACUUAGCACCUACAGUAACGAGCCUGCCAAUUAGGAAUUGGGUGGACAUCAAGGAUAUAGACUCGGCGAAAGACCAAAUUGUAUGGUUACGUGGGCGUAUUAGCGAAGUGCGCGGGAAAGGAGCAAUGUGUUUUGUUGUACUCAGGCAGCAACACAAUUCGUUGCAAUGCAUUGUGGACUCACGACAAACUGUAGUCUCUAAGGACAUGGUCAAGUGGUCGGCAUCCCUUUCGAUGGAAUCGAUCGUCGAUGUGCUAGGCAAGGUAGUGAUGCCUGAAGUACCUGUAGCUUCAACCACGGCGAAAUGCGAACUACAAGUGCACAAACUGUUCUGCAUCAGCAAGGCAAAUCCGACUAUGCCAUUUUUGAUUCGAGAUGCCAACAAUACUGAUGAUGAGGAAAUCUGCAAAAACCCAAGUGUUAUCAAGGUCAACCAAGACACGAGGUUGGAUAAUCGUCCUCUAGAUCUUAGGGCCACGUUGAACCUUGCCAUAUUCAAGAUCCAAUCAGAGAUUUGCCAGCAGUUUCGCAACUUCCUGCUGAAACGCCAGUUCAUAGAGAUACAUAGUCCAAAACUACUGGGGGGUACAAGCGAAGGUGGUUGCAAUGUAUUCAAGUUGAAGUACUUUGAUAACGAUGCUUGCCUAGCACAGUCGCCGCAACUCUACAAACAGCUGGCCGUAGUGGGGGACUUUCGUAGAGUAUUCGAGAUAGUGGUUACAGGACCCGUUUUCAGAGCCGAGAAUAGUAACACGCAUAGGCACCUUUGCGAAUUCGUAGGACUCGACAUGGAAAUGGAAAUUCACGACUCCUACAUCGAGGUUGUGGACUUGAUAGACGAGAUGCUUAAGGCAGUUUUUAAAGGCAUAAAUACCCAGUGCAGAGAAGAAAUGGAGGUUUUCAAGAAACACCAACCCUCAAUAGAGCCAUUCAAAUGGCUGGAACAAACGCCGCGGAUUCGCUUUUCAGAGGCUGUAGAAAUGUUACGCGGAACUGAACUUGCCGACACAAUUCCCAACGACAUAUCUUCGUUUGACUUCUCCACUGAGCAAGAGAAGCGCUUUGGGCGCCUCGUACGAGAGAAAUACGAUACGGACUACUACAUCAUUUACGAAUACCCGAUGAACGUGCGACCCUUCUACACCAUGCCUAUGGAAAGGGAUGGUAUAAUGUUCACACACAGCUACGACUUCUUUAUGCGCGGGGAAGAGAUUCUUUCUGGAGCCCAGCGCAUCCACAACCCAGAACUACUUCUAAAAAGAGCCCAGGAAUGCGGCAUCGACCCCAAAACUAUAUCGAGCUACAUAGAGGCAUUCAAAAUGGGAGCAUCGCCACAUGGCGGCUGUGGUCUCGGCCUGGAGCGAGGACCCUAA